AUGACUUGUGACGGCGCAAUCUUGUUCUACCACCCUCUCUUUCCCAGGAGCUUCGAGAACUUAACAAGACACUCACUGAGAUUUCCGCUGAUGCCGAAGUCUUGCCGCCUCGGGGCAAGAAGAUUGCACCAAAUCGGGGUACUUGGAGUGAAACAGCCAAAGUCAUGGGGGUCAAAGCAAAGAGCUCCAGAAAACGGAAGCAUGAUGAUCCUUACAGUGGCGGCCAAAGCAGCGGGAAGCUCGCCAAGCCAGAUGCUCACACGCCAAAGAAAGUGA